GCCCGGCGGCCGCCUCUACUUCGCCUACGGCAGCAACCUCUGGCUGGAACAGAUGGCCACCCGCUGCCCCUCCAGCUAUUUCAUCGGCCGCGCCGUGCUGCCCGACUACGCCUGGCAGAUCAACCAGCGGGGCGUCGCCAACGUCGUCCCCUGCGCCGGCCGCUCCGUGCACGGCCUCGUCUACGAGCUCGGCGGCGCCGACGACGAGCGCCGCCUCGACCGCAGCGAGGGGGUGCGUACAGGUGCGUAUGCCAAGGCGACGCUGCCGGUGGUUUUGUAUGAGGCGGCGCCCGCGCUGCAGCUGCGCGUGCCGACGAUGGUGCAGAAUGGCGGGGCGGGCGCGACGGUGGCGGCGGCGAGGCGGAGGACGGCGAUUUUGGGGGUCGAGCGUCCCAGUCGGUUGGCGGAGCAGCCGCCGCGGCUGCAGCCUGGGGUGUUGGUGUAUUUGAGCGAGGCGUAUGUGCAGCCGGGGGAUCCGCGCGAUGAGUAUAUUGAUCGGAUUAAUAAGGGGGUGGCGGAUGGGGUGACGCUGGGGGUGCCGGCGGAGUUUUUCCGGAAUGCGGUGCGCGGGUAUAUUCCCGACAGGGCGCCGCCGGUGCCGCGGCGGUCGGGCUCGCGGAGUGGGAGGAGCAAUGUCUCGACGACGACGACGACGACCAGGUCGCGCCGCGGGAGCCAGUCGAGCGGUCGGCCGAGGGCGAGUUCGGUGUCUUCGGGGCCGAUUAUUAGGGAUGCGGACCCGGAUGACAUCGACUACCGUCGGCGGUCGUGGAAUCCGAGCCCGGUCGAGUAUCAGCGCUAUACUACUGAGUCGAGAGGCAGGACCGCGGGCUCGGAGGAUUAUGAGUACUGGGCGCCGGCGAGCGGCUAUGUCAUGCGCUCUCGGAGCACGCGGCGGGGGUGAUGGGUUCUGGCGGUUGCUGUUGCUGGUAGGAGUGGUGUUUCAUGGCUGUUGGGCUUUUUAAAUUGUUUCUUUUGUUAUUUGGGGCUCGUGUGUAUUGUUUUUUGGAGUUGGCAUUAGGGUUUGAUGACUUACGAUAUCGGGUAGAUGAGCAUAGAGGAAAACGGGUCAUGACCUGCCUAUAUAGAGCUACG